CCCUGACCACCAUACUGUACAUUAUUAUCUUAGAUACCACUGCCCCAUCAUUCUUUAAAAUUAAAUUAUUGAUAGCUCAGUGUUUCUGCAGUUCCAUAGGGUUAACAGUGUGCAGAACUAAAGGAGAUCAGGAGGAGGUUGGAAUUGGAGAUUUAAGCUAGGAGUCUUUUUUUCAAGGGAUAAUGUCAAUGACAUGAGCUUCUAAUUGGAAAGAUUUGUCUUUAUCAGUGUGUGCUGCCCCCCUCAGCACCAGAUUAAGAAAAGAUGUUAAUCCUUGACUUAGCUCAGGCCCAUCUUCACUAGACUGUGGGGAGAUACAAAGACGUGUUACCAUGCAGCUGGUGCACACCCUUCUGCUUCUCUUUGCAUUCAGUAUACAAGAAGGCAAAGGCUUACAGUGUUUCUCCUGUGUGGGUUCCAAUGAUGAAGAAUGUAAUCGGCAAGGUUCACAAGAAUGUCCCAGAGACUCAGAUGCAUGUGCCAUAAUACGUGGCCAGUCCAGUGGAGUGAUGAAGUCCUGCUCCUUCAAGUCAUUCUGUGACCGGGCACUGCAAGGUGGCUCCAAAGCUGCUGGUGUCAACAUCCAAUGCUGCUUCUCCAACAACUGCAAUAGUGGCACCCAGGGAUCUAGUAAGCAGAUCAGUGGCAGCUAUGCACGUCUUCUAGUGGCCCUUACGUUAGGUUUCUGCCUCUUGGUCAUCAGCUGAUAGAUUGAUGUACUUCAACUCAACUUUAUCAAGUCCUUGCCUACCAACUAUGAACACAUCUGAAAAGGUACAGAUGGAGCAAACUUGUUUACACUCAAGAAGUGCCGCUAUGGAAAGCAGAUGAUGGUUUCCUGACUUUAGAUUAGGCGCACUAAACAACACCAAAGAAAGAACCCUAACUGGUGUUUAGCUAACUUCUGGACUGCAUAACGCUUAACCAACCUCUCAACGAAUUGUCUCUACAAUUGGUUAAAGGACUUGUCCCCAUUUGAAAAUUGUUCUUGGGUUGAUGUCCACUCAAGUCAAGAUCCAUGGGUGUCUCCAUGGUAACCAAAGCUAUGUUUUUCAUUAGGAAGACUGAAGAUGUGCAAAGAUCUGUUAACAGUAGCAGCCAAUCAGAAUUUAGUAUAUUUAUAUCAGGUCAGAAAAAUGCAAUUCUGAAGGCUGCUAUGGCUAUAGUUGUAAAAGAGCAGUGUGUACAGCAUGCUAUUACGAACCAUUUGUGAAGUUUUUGGCAAGCUUUGAGCAACUUUGUUGAAGCCUCUUCAGUUCCAGUUUGGGAAAUGUUAAAGUGGAUGUAAACCCGAUUCAUGAAAUUUGAGCUGGGCACAUAUAUCUGCAGUAUUUUGUUAUCUCUCUUCAAAGAGCUAUGUCCCGUAACUCUCUCCUGACCUGUUCCUCUGUUAUCAGCCUGAUAACUCCUGAAAAUUCUCGGACACAUCAGAUAAAAGCAGCCUACAUUUCUAUCCGGGGAGGUUGGUAAAAUAGAUUAGCAGGGAGCUGGCCCUGUUACAAAACACCUCUGAGAGUCUCUGCCUA